AUGGCUAUAAACGAACAAAUACGAGAGCCCACCGCUGUGGCAAAUUUCAUUGAAAAUGCUUUCCUCACAUACUUCAUCCCGGAGGCAACAAACCUCGAUCUCGAAGAAGCAUUCAAGGGUGUCGACGACACCAAAGCACUGUUUGAAUCCAUCAAGCGGAGGGAUACACUCUAUUUCGAUGAGACCAUCGACGUGCUCCUAGUUCUGAGAGUGCCUCUCGUUGACGAAAAGACGCUGCGUUCCCACUUCAGCAGGCUGGUAAUUCAACUAGAGACCCAGAUCGUCAACAGCCAUGCCUCGGACCGUGAGAAGCCCUCAAUGGACAUCAUCUUCCAGGGAACCGUCAAUGACACAUCGGACCCCUUCAUCGUUGUGGAUCAACCCGAAGUCGAGGAGGAUGAAGACCCCUCCGCCGAAAAGGACGAGAACGCUGUCAAUCGCAACGGCCACAGGAGAGAGCCCCACAUGUACGCCGUAUGGAAGCUCCCCGUCUUCCUCGCCCGGCCGCGCAUCCGUCUUCAGGGUCCCUUUGCUAUCUUCACGGCCACCGCCGGGAUUAGGCCCGCAUCCGCCGGGACCUCGGGCUCUGCCACUCCUCUCUCCCCCAACUUUCCCAUUGGCGGCGGCAGCGGCGCGGGCUACCUACAAUCCGGCGUGCCCUCGGGCUUGAACCUCCUAGAGCCCUUCACGAACGACCCGGCGCUCGGCGGCGUCGUCCCGCGCCUCUCGGCCCUCCGUGUCUCUCGCGUCGCCCCCAUGACCCAAUCAAAGGACACCACCCGGCCUCUCCGUGCCCUUUCCCAGCUCCGCGUCCGCAUCUACCCUGCCGUACACACGCGCGUCCGCUUCUCUCGCCCAAACACCAUGCCCACGAGCCCAGCCCUAGUCGCCCUGCUCGAAAUCGACUUCACCCCCUACUUCGAGUGCCCCAUUGACCUGACCAGCAUUACCCUCUCCAUCGCCGACGGCGGCGUCGUCGACGACCUCAGCGGGCCCGCAGGUCUCGCCCUCCCCAUGACCUGUGUAUCGCACGACCACGUCACAUUCCUCUACCGCCUCUCCCCGCAGCAGCUCGAUCUUCCUUCCAAAAACCCCAGCCGCGACCUCGACAUCCACGUCGAGGCCGUCAUCCAGAAGAACCCGGGCAUCUGCACCCCGCGCCUCAGCAUGACCUGGGCCACCACCCUCGACUUCACCCUCCCCGUUAACCCGGGCUUUAACGCCGCCAUGCAGCCGAUGCAGCCCAUUCAGCGCUCCCACCGUCCCUCGCAGCUCUCCAUCAGCGGCAUGGAGGCGGCCCAGUCGCUCGUUGCACCCGCCGUCUCCCGACCGGACUCUCUUCCCGCGCUCGAGGCCGCCACCCGCACCGUCGAAGCCCCGCUGCCUGAACUUGGCAUUACCAUGACCUUCUGCGGUCCGACGGAGCCUGUCUAUGCGGGCGAGGUCUUCUCCUGGACCGUCUACGUCGUGAACCGCAGCACGGAGAAGGCCAACAACCCGGGCGUUCCGCCGCGCAAGCUCGCCCUCGUGGCACUCUCGAAGCGUAGGCGCAACGAGGUCCGCCUCAUACGGCCGCCCUCGACGAGCGGCAAGGGCAAGACGGCCGCCGAUGCCAGGGAGCUUGCCGACGCCGUGCUGGACGAGAACGUCCUGCACGCCAUGCAGCACAACUCGGCCGUGGAUGCGACCGAGGUCGUCUGCCUGACGGCCGACACGAGGGUCGGACCGCUUGCGCCCGGGGCUUGCCACGUUGUAGACCUCCAGUUCCUUCCCCUGAAGGAAGGCCUCGUCAGCAUCGAAGCCGUAAGGGUUAUCGACCUGGGUUCACAGGAGCACGUAGACGUCAAGGACCUGCCCGUUAUGUUUAUAGAAAAGAGACCCGAGGGGCAAUAG